UCGAAUCUGGAGUUGAGGUAGUAAAAAUGCGUUCAAAGACGUCACCAAUUGGAAAGAUGGCAGCAACCAAAGCCUCCAAGGAACAAAAAUACGACAGACAACUCAGAUUGUGGGGUGACCAUGGUCAAGAAGCAUUGGAAAAUGCACAUGUAUGUCUCAUCAACGCCACAGCAACUGGUACAGAGUUACUGAAAAAUCUAGUACUACCAGGGAUUGGAGCAUUCACCAUAGUUGAUGGACACAUAGUAACUGGGGAAGAUGCAGGGCACAACUUUUUCCUCAGCAAAGACAGCAUUGGGAAAAACAGAGCACUGGCUGCCACUGAACUGCUGCAAGAACUGAACAGUGAUGUGUCAGGAAACUUUGUUGAGGAGAGUCCAGACAAGCUUCUUGACAACGAUCCAGAAUUUUUCCACAGGUUUACCAUUGUCAUUGGUGUCCAGUUGCCAGAAAGCAUGUGUUUGAGGCUUGGCUCAGUCCUGUGGAGUGCCUCUGUACCUUUUCUAGUCUGUAAAUCUUACGGCCUCAUAGGCUACAUGAGACUGGUGGUGCAGGAACACACAGUGGUUGAAUCUCAUCCAGACAAUGCUUUGGAGGACCUAAGAUUGGAUCAGCCUUUUGACGAAUUUAAGAAUCACAUUGAGUCCUACGAUCUUGACAGCAUGGACAAGAAGGAUCACAGUCACACACCAUGGAUUAUUAUCGUUGCAAAAUACUUGGAAAUAUGGCUCAGUGAGCACAAUGGUCAGCCUCCAAAAAAUUACAAAGACAAAGAGGCCUUCAGACAAAUGAUUCGUACAGGGAUCAUGAAGAGUGAGAAUGGUGUCCCAGAGGAUGAAGAAAACUUUGAGGAAGCUAUAAAGAAUGUCAAUACAGCUUUAAAUCUAACCACGAUUCCAAAUACUGUUGAAGACCUCUUCAAUAGUGAGCAGUGUAACAACAUCACUGCACAGAGUUCACCCUUCUGGGUGAUGCUGCGAGCUGUGAAGGAAUUUGUUCAUAAUGAAGGUAGUGGAAGUCUUCCUCUUCGUGGAACCAUCCCAGACAUGAUCGCAGACUCUCAGAAGUUCAUCAACCUUCAAAAUGUUUACAGGGAAAAAGCCAUGCAGGAUGCUGCAUCUGUUUCUAAGCAAGUAGAAUAUUUACUACAGUCUGUUGGAAAGUCACCAGAAUGCAUCUCAGAGAAGGACAUCAAGCUGUUUUGUAAGAAUGCAUCCUUCCUGCGAGUGGUACGCUGCAGGUCUUUGGCUGAGGAAUAUAACGUGGAUUCAGUAAAUAAAGAUGAAAUCACCUCAUGUAUGGACAGUCCAGACAGUGAGAUGGUCUUCUACCUCAUGCUUCGUGCUGUUGAUCGCUUCUAUCAGCAGCACUCUCGCUACCCUGGAGUGUAUAAUUACCAGGUCGAAGAGGACAUCAGCAAACUGAAGCUGUGUGUGAACAGUCUGCUGCAGGAGUACAGCCUUAAUGUCAACAUCAAAGACGACUAUAUCCAUGAGUUCUGUCGGUACGGUGCAGCAGAGCCACACACAGUUUCUGCUUUUUUGGGAGGAUCAGCUGCUCAAGAGGCUAUCAAGAUCAUCAGCCACCAGUUUGUGCCGUUCAACAACACUUUUAUUUAUAAUGCAAUGUCACAGACUUCUGCAACAUUUCAGUUAUGAAUACUAUCAGCUUGUCAGCAGAUGCAUCUAAACUGUCCUUGAGAUUUUGUAAACAAUGUAUUUAAGUGCUUCUUGUGGAAAGGAUGGUAGGGAAUCACGCACCCAUGGUUGUUUUCUUUAGUGUUUUUAUUUUUCCAUUCUUGUUCUAAACAAACCUAGAAAUGAAACUUGCAAAUACAUAACCUUCAUGUAGUAUUUUCAUCUGUGAUGAUAUAUUACAAAAUAGCAGCACUUUGUUUCCUUUCUGUCUUUUAUUAUUUUGUGUUUGGAGCAACCUCUGUAAAACAUGUAGUGUUUAACUGCCGUAUUAAUAUAAAAGAUUCAAGAAUUUA